UCGGCCCAUUGAAGACGAGAUCGAACAGAGAGAGCGAGCGUUUCCCCAUCCCCAUCCCUCGGAUCACCGCCGCCGCCGCCGCCGCCGCAAUCCUCACAUCCUUUCCAAACCCUACCUCCCGCGGCUAUGGAACCGCCCGCCGACGCCGCCUCGCCUCAGGAGUGCUCCCCGGCCAAGCGCUCCGUCUGGAAGCACCCAGCCCCCAACGGCAUCGUCGACGCGCCGGCGCCCGGCGUCAUGGACGCCAACCACUGGCCAGCGCUCUCCGAGACGGCCAAGAAUACAAAGCCCGCUCCCGCUCCGGACUCGUCUCCUGCGCCCGCGCCCGUCGCCUCAUCGGCCAUCGCGAGUUCAUCGAAUUCGCAAAAGCACGGCUCCGGGACCCAUCACGGUCGCCAGAAGCCGGCCAGGCGCGGCGGCGGCGGCGGGGAGCACUCACCGCGAGACCAUCCUGACCGGAGCACCGGUGGGUGGGACCACGGCAGUGCUGCUGGCGGGGGGAGGGGUGGUCAGAGAAACCACAAUAAUGGCGGCGGUAGGAGGGGAAAUGGCAGCAGUACCUCUGCCGGUGGGGUUUCUCACCAUGGUGGUGGCGGCGGCGGCGGCUUUGGUGGCCGGCGAAGAGGGGGAUACGACGGCUUCUAUCGGGGCCCUCCUCCAAUGGGCAUGGGCCCGUACAUGCGGGGUGCCCCGCCCCCGCCUCCGCCCAUGGCGGUGCCUUCACAGUUCAUGGGCCCUCCACCGCCGUCAGUCUCACCCAUGAGGGCAUUUGCUGCACCAAUGGUGUUCCAUGAGAUGACAUCUCCGGUAUCUCCUGUAUCCCCAAUGUACUAUUUUGCUCCUCCCCCACCUCCAGAGGCUCUCAGGGGACUGGCUCUUGCACCUCCUAUGGUUGGUCCACCUGCUUACCCUUACUUUCAAGCCCCGCAUGAGCCUGAGACUGAGCUUGAGGCUGAUCCUGAAAAGAAACGUGCCAUGCUAUUGAACCAGAUAGAGUUCUACUUCAGCAAGGAUAACUUGUGUGGAGAUGUAUUUUUGAGGCAACAGAUGGAUGACCAGGGCUGGGUUGAUAUAACUCUUAUAGCUGGCUUUAAGAAGGUCCAGGAGCUGACUAAUGAGCUGCAAUAUGUAAAAGAAACAGUUCAAUCUUCAUCUAUUCUGGAAAUGCAGGAUAACAAAAUUAGGUGCCAGAAUGAUUGGGACAAGUGGGUGAUCCCUCGAGAGAGCAAUCCUGAUAUUCGGUCAAGCUCAGCGUCUGUUCGAAGCCCUGUUGUCAAUAAUCUGACAGCACAUCUUGGAGGCAUGUUUCUGCACGAAUCUGCUAGCUCUAGUAGCACAGUGGACCAAAACCAUCAUGAGGUCCUCCAGAAUGGAUCACAUUCUGGUAAUGAACAAGCACCAGUAGUUGAAGACAAUUCUGGUCUCCAGUAGUUGCGAUAAGACACAUUGGCUCCGAUUCACACCAUGACUGCAAGGGUUUUGUCCGAGCGCGAGUGACAGAGUACAAGUGAACUUUUUUGCAUUUGUUUCGGAGGUAUGCUUGUGGGGGCGCAUUAGACUGACAAGUCAAUGGGUUUCUUGGGGUCAGGUAAGAUUUUGCUUUACCUUGUUAUUGAGCUGUGGCGUGCAAGGUUUCAGGUAGUUGGUGUAAAAGCUGAAACAGAAGACAGACAGACAAAGGUGGUAUGUGGAGGCAUCAAAGAUGAUGAGGGGGGAAAACCAUGAAACAAAGAAGAAAACGAAAAAUGACAGAGUGCUAAGUUAUUAGCCCCGGCCCUUGUGGGCUGCCUGCUUGAUGUGCGGUUCCUGACUGUCCUUGUUUAUUGGGGGGUUGUAUUGGUUGGAACUAAUCGCUGAGUCUUCCCCAUUAGGAUGUAAAACCUCCAAUUUUUUAGGGAGGAUCUGAACUCUCUCACUCAGAGUCACGGAGUUGACUUGGGCCUAUCCAACCUGUGUAGGGGAUAAUUGUGUGCCCCCGCCCCCCCUGUGGUAUCGGUAAACUGAAGUACAUGGAUACCUGUUGUCAUUGCUUUUGGUUUAUGUGGCUCUCGUGUUGCGGUGGAUUAGGGGCUCCUUGAUCAGGCUAGUGCAUCAUUUGCUGUUUCGUAGUCUUCCUCUCAUGUUUCUGUAAGUUGAGUCUGUUGUUGAUGACUGUUUCAGGAAAAGGCCAACGGGAUGUUUGCUA